AAAGACCCAACGUUAAAAGCAUGAACGCAUGUUGCACGUUGUACAAGAACCAGGUGGCGCAAAGAUCCUUUGGACCACUCGUGAUCUAUCAAGGCGUAAACUCUACCUGCAUGGCAAUUUCAAGUCAGCAUCUAUCGUCGGAGAGCUUUCGUCAAGUCUUUCCCUACAGCGAGCAAGCAACAAAUCCUUGCGCAUCCGAAUCCUACCUUGCUAACCACUUCGCUGUCAUAAUUAUCCCAUUAAGCUAAGAAUUUAGACUAGCAUUAGCCCCAGAUCGGAGAACUAUGGGCAACCGGGAAUCCAAGGAAGCCGAUGCCAAGCCAUCUUCGCUAUCUCCACCGAGGCAGCAAACCUCUGCCGAAACGGUAGAUCCCCAAUCCUCAACACCAUCGCCAUUAGCUCCUGCUGCCGCUAUCUCUAGCGCACCUCGUCCUGCUGCGCUGGGCGAAUGGGAAUCGCCCAUCACAUCCGCCUUCAUCACCGAAAAGGCUGUGCGGUUAGGCAGUCCGCAGCUACGCGCCUCUGAUGGCGCCCUGUUCUGGUUGGAGGGUCGACCCGACGAGGCGGGUCGUCAAGUGCUGGUGAUGCGGUCGCCAGCCGACGGCAGCAUACGGGACGUGACGCCGGGAGUGGAUUCCGGAUUCAACGUCCGUACGACGGUACACGAGUACGGCGGAUUCGAGUACUGCCUGGUAGAGGAGAAUGACCGGGUGUACUUUUCAAACUACAGCGACCAAGCGCUCUACGUUCAAGACAUCGGGGGCCAACAGGCGCCAUCGCCGCCGCGUUUGGUGACCCAUGGGUCAGUGGACCGUGGCGAACGAUUCGCCGACGCCUGUUGGGACGCCACUCGGCGGCGGUUGGUUUCGGUUUCGGAGCACCAUCGCGAUUCGGCAACCGGCGCUGAGCUGCCACCUGACAAGGUCGUUAAUCGGUUGGUUGCGAUCGACGUCUCCAGCGGCGCUGCCACCCCGCUGGCCUCCGGAGCCGACUUCUACGCCGCCCCCCGCCCCAGCCCCUGCGGCCGCUGGCUGGCAUGGGUGGAAUGGGACUUCCCCAACAUGCCCUGGGACUGCACCCGACUCAUGGUGGCUCCCGUGGGGCAGGACGGAACCGUGGGUCAGCCCGUCAGGAUUGCUGGCGGCAGCGGCGGCCGCACCGCCGCCGGGAGCAUCAAAGCAGCAGAGGGAGCAGCAGCAGCAGCAGCCAGCAGCGGCAGCACCACAAGUGACGGCAAUGGCGGCGACGGCAACGUUGUUGACAGCAAUGUAAACGACGACGGUAGCGCCAUACAGCAGCCGGUUUGGUCCCCUGACGGCUCGUACUUGUACUUCAUAGAUGACCGUACGGGUUGGUGGAACCUCUAUCGCUGCCGCACACCCACUUCCCAGGGAUUCCAGGAGAGUGGUGGGAAGGAGGAGGAGAAGGCCGGAGAAGGACCGAAGCAAGAGGUGGGUGGCAGCGGUGGCAGCGGCGGCGGCGACAGCGCCAGCAGGGGCAUGGAGGGCGGCUGGGAGGCGGCUGCAGAGGCGGCGGAGUCGCUGAGCCCCAUGCAGGCCGACUGGGGCUUCCCCUUGUGGACCCUGGACAGGCGCUCGUACCAGGUUCUCUCCGACGGGUCCGUGUUGGCGGUGUUUUGUGACCCACGGGUCGCGGGAACCUCCCUCGCUCUGCUACAACCGCCGUCACAACCGUCACAGUCGGGGGCUGGCUGGCAGCUGACACGCAUUGACGCGGGCUUCACACACUUUGGAGCACCCAUUCUCACGGUCCGAGAGGCACCGGCUGCUGCUGCUGCUGCUGCUGCUGCUGCUGCUGCUGGCGGUAGUGGUAGCAGUGGUGGUGCUGUCGGCGGUAAUGGUAAGGGCAAUGGUGGUUUGACGAUUGCGGCGGUUGCAGCGUCGCCCUCCCGUGCUGCGGCUGUCGUACAACUGAGUGUGACGUCAGCGGCGGCGCUUGCGAGUGUGGGGCCGAGCGACUGGCUGGAGGUGCGCAAAUCGACUGGAAGCCAGCUCCCCGGGGGCUACCUUUCCGUCCCCGAGGCGCUGUCGUACCCAACCACCUUUGACGACCAACCGACAACCGCCCACAUGCUCUUCUACCCGCCAACCAACAAGGACUUCACCCACCUUCCCGGCUCGCUGCCCCCCCUGCUGGUCAAGAGCCACGGAGGCCCCACCUCCGCCGCCUCAACCGCCCUGAGCCCCCUGCUGCAGUACUGGACUAGCAGAGGGUUUGCGGUUGCUGAUGUGGACUACGGAGGCAGUACGGGGUACGGCAGGGAGUACCGCAACCGCCUGAGGGAGCGCUGGGGGCUGGUGGAUGUGCAGGACUGCUGCGCGGCGGCAGAGUGGCUGGUGGCUGACGGGCGGGUGGACCCGCGGCGGCUGUGCAUCUCGGGGGGCAGUGCGGGGGGCUUCACCACACUGGCGUGCCUGGCGUUCAGGCGCACCUUCUCCGCGGGUGCAUCGCUGUACGGAGUGGUGGACCUGCGGCUGCUGGCGGAACACACGCACAAGUUCGAGAGCCGCUACCUAGACCUGCUGCUGGGUCCGCUGCCCGCGGCUGCUGACGUGUACGAAGCGCGCUCGCCACUCAAACACGCAGACGGAUUCGCGGCGCCCGUCAUAUUCUUCCAGGGAGAUCAAGACAAGGUGGUUCCUCCCGAGCAAGCCGUACAAAUGUACGAGGCAAUCAAGUCCGCGGGGCUGCCCACGGGUCUCGUCAUGAUGGCUGGGGAGCAACACGGGUUCCGGCAGGCGAUUAACAUCCGUACGGCACUCGAUGGCGAGCUGUACUUCUACGGUGCCGUACUGGGCUUCAAGGCCAGCAUGCCAGGGGACCUGCCGGACAUCAAGAUUGACAACCUGAAGCCGCCCCAGCAGCAGUAGCAGCCCCAUGCUGGCAGGCAGCAGCGCCAGUAGCAGAUGACAUGAUCAACAUCAUCACCAUCCUCCCAGCAGCAGCCCCAGCAGCUGCCGUCAUUUUAAUUCCACAGCAGCAGUCCUGAUGUAACCUGAACAUGUCAUCAAGUGCAAUAGCAUUGAGCAGUUGACAUGGCAGCCAUGGAUAAGUAGCAGUAGUAGAUAGCCUUGCUUUGGAAGUGGCGAAAGUAGCAGCCUCGGUUGCUCGUCAGUAGCAGACUCCGGUACUAGUGGAGACGCCGCCUCGUCGUGAAGCCGAGAAGGGCGUUGCUUCAUGCGGCAGUGUUGAAUAGGCGCCUCUAGAGGAGCACAUGCCGCCGUCGUGCCUUUGCAUGUGCAUACGGACAAUGUGCAUAUGAAGUGGCAUUUGUGAUGCAUCACAGUUGCCACUCCGUAUGAGGUUCUGAUUGAGAGGGCGGCAAGGCAUGCAUGCGCCAUGUGCGUGUUUACCGCCUGUGUACAAUUGCGGGAGCAACAGUCGGGGCCGUUUUGAUCAAUCUUUGUCGAAGAGCGUUGCUUGAGCGUUGCCUACUGAGCAAUCAGGAGACUGCCGUACAUACAGCAGGCACCAAAAAUUCGAUUGCGGGUUGCGUUGUCACCUUCGAUGUCAUCAAGUGAUGGUUGGGUCAUGUGCCAUAAGUUUCUAUCUGCAGUUGAACGGCUCCUGGUUUGCUCCAGACGGCGGUAUGUACAUUACCCAGGGUUUGUGUUGGUCAGCAUUCAGUUGCGUGCCUAUCCAGCUUCUCGUUCUGUUCGUUUUGUUACGCUUGGG